AUGUCCAAAAGAGCAGCUGAGUCCUUAGAAGAGGGUCGAGUUACCGCCCAAAAAACGUCGGCAGAGGAUACUGCUGGCGAUAUGGCCAUUGAUUCGACCACGGCCGACGCUGAAAUGGGUGAAUUCGAGGACCCUUAUGGAGACGAUUUCGAAAGUGAAGAUGAAAUUUUCGAGGCUGGAGAUGACGACGAAGAAGAGGAUGAAGAAGGUGAUAUGGAGGUGGAAGCUAAUACUUCAGCCAAUCUCGAAUCUAUUCAAGAGGACGAGGAGACUCCCGCUCCAAGUGCCAAAGCCAAGCCUGCUAAACAAACUCCACAAAUCUAUCUACCUCACAAAUCGGCUCCUUUAGGGCCUGAUGAGAUCAUGGAACCCGAUCCAACCACUUAUCACAUGUUACACAGUUUUAAUGUCAAAUGGCCAUGUCUUUCUUUCGACAUUAUCGAGGACUCGCUCGGCGAUGAGCGUAGAGGAUACCCUCAAACCACGUACCUUGUAACAGGAACUCAAGCACAAAAGGCAAAAGAUAAUGAAAUCUCUGUUAUGAAAUUGAGUUCUCUCUGUAAGACUCUCGUCAAGGACGACGAUGAAGAAGACGAUGAGGACGACGACAACGAUGAAGACUCGGACCCCAUUCUCGAAUCCAAGUCGCUGCCCACUCAAUACACGACCAAUCGAAUCCGCAUCAACCCUCAUGCCAAGAAAACUGGCGAAUAUUUAACUGCUUCCAUGAGCGAAUCGGGAGAUGUCUACGUAUGGGACAUUUCUCCUCAUUUGCGAGCUCUCGACACUCCUGGUACUACCAUUACAAAACAAAUGAACCGACCUGUGCAUACCAUUCAGGUUCAUGGCCGCGUAGAAGGCUAUGCUCUUGAUUGGUCACCUCUCCUCCAGACAGGAGCUCUGUUGACCGGUGAUAUUUCCGGACGGAUCCAUCUUACUUCUCGUACUCAGAGCGGAUGGGUAUCUGACAGAACCCCCUAUAUCAGUCAUGGCGGCAGUGUAGAAGAGAUCCAAUGGAGUCGAUCUGAGAAGUCUGUUUUCGCUUCUGGUGGAACUGAUGGACUUGUGAAAAUCUGGGACACUCGUAGCAAACAGCACAAGCCAGCAAUUUCCGUCAAGGCUACUAACACCGACAUCAAUGUUAUGUCGUGGAACGCCAAUGUAUCGUAUCUGCUUGCUACUGGACACGAUGACGGUCAAUGGGGAGUAUGGGACUUGCGUAGUUUCAAGCCUGCUGCAAAGGGAGCAACUGCCUCGACGCCGACACCAGUUGCAUCGUUCGACUUCCACAAGUCGCCCAUCACCUCGAUCGAGUUCCAUCCUUCGGAAGAGUCCAUUGUGGCUGUUGGCUGUGAAGACAACACCGUCACUCUGUGGGAUCUGUCUGUCGAGGCUGACGACGAAGAAAUCAAGGCUCAAGAAAAGGCUGCCGGCGGCGAGCUCGACGACAUCCCCUCACAACUGCUCUUCGUGCACUGGCAACGCAAUGCCAAAGAGGUACACUGGAACAAACAGAUCCCUGGCAACCUCGUAUCCACAGGCAGCGACGGAUUCAGUCUGUGGAAGACAAUUUCUGUAUAA